UUUCACUAUGUAUUUAAUCAUACAGUGGCCAGACAUUUUUCAUAAAUAUAAUUGAAAAAAACCAAAACAUUUUUCAAAUUAUCUGUAAACUCAAGACCCAGUUUUGUUAAAACUAUUCCAAGUAAAAAAACGAGCACGGAUUAACUGGUUUCCAUACCAGGCUGAUUAAUGUGAAAAGAUUAAAAAACUGUUUUCUUUACUUACCACAUCCGUCAUUGGCUGUUCAGCGAUAAAGAAUGGUUCACGCCUAUUGGUUCAAUCUGAAAGAAAGAAGCCCUCUGAUUCGUCCAUUCUCUUCUCGGUGACCUUUCACCGCCGUCAACCUCUGCAGCUACUUGCUGUCGUGCUAGUUGUAAACACUCAGUGUGACAUCUUUAAGUAGCUUCGCUGGCCUUGAACUUUGUGACAGAUUUCACACUCUGAGAUAUGACAUGAAAGAAAGACACAUGAACAGAGAGAUGCGGGCCGUUAAGUGAACGUUUAUGCCUAUUUUGCCAUCUCUCCCAAUUAUCUCUCCAUCAUGGCGGGGAUUUUCCAAAGAACACCAAAACUGUGGACAGCUCUCAGACAUCUCAGCCCCCAUAGCACCCUCUCAUCUACAGCCACAACCAGACUUUCACCUGUAGACCUACACACUCCAUUUCUCACCUGCAGCUCAGGGCAGUUUUUAGCUGCCACUUGUAAGCUGCAUGGGGCUGGGGCAGGUGGACUCAAGCCAUCUCCGGCUGCAGCCCCAGAGAGGCUGCCUUUCUCCAGAGUUACUCAGGAAGAUUUAGUCUUCUUCAGGAAGAUCCUACCAGGCAGGACCAUCACUGACCCGGACCUGCUGGAGUCCAGUAAUGUGGACUGGCUCAAAACAGUGAGAGGUUCCAGUGAACUGUUGUUGAGACCUCAGACAACAGAGGAAGUUUCUCAGAUUCUCAGCUACUGUAACAGUCGCAACCUGGCAGUGAAUCCUCAAGGAGGAAACACUGGGCUGGUUGGGGGCAGUGUCCCAGUCUAUGAUGAGAUCAUCCUCUCCACUGCUCUUAUGAACAACAUACUUACCUUUGAUAGCAUCUCUGGUAUUCUCACCUGCCAGGCAGGCUGUGUUCUGGAGAACUUGUCUCUCUACCUGGAGGAGAGAGACUACAUCAUGCCACUGGAUCUUGGGGCAAAAGGCAGUUGCCAAAUUGGUGGCAACGUGGCAACUAAUGCAGGUGGUCUGCGACUGCUGCGAUAUGGCUCCUUACACGGGACUGUGCUGGGUCUGGAAGUGGUGUUGGCAGAUGGGCGGGUGCUGGACUGCUUGGCCGCGCUUCGGAAAGAUAAUACCGGAUAUGACCUCAAACAGUUGUUUAUAGGGUCAGAGGGUACACUGGGGGUCAUUACAGCAGUGUCUGUCCUUUGUCCACGGAAACCUAAAUCUGUCAACGUGGUUUUCUUGGGCUGUGAGACCUUUGAGCAACUGCUGCGGACAUUUCAGCUCUGCAAAGGCAUGCUGGGAGAAAUCCUGUCAGCCUUCGAGUUCCUGGACAGUGAAUGUAUGAGACUGCUGAACACGCACCUCAAACUAUCCAAUCCCAUUUCUGAGUGCCCAUUCUAUGUCGUCAUAGAAACAUCUGGAUCUGACCCGACACAUGAUGGAGAGAAACUCCACAACUUUUUAGAGGAGGCGAUGACAUCAUCAUUGGUCACUGACGGAACUGUAGCAACUGAGGAGUCAAAAAUAAAGACUCUUUGGUCAAUGCGUGAACGUGUCACGGAGGCGCUGACUCACGAUGGCUUCACGUACAAGUAUGACAUCUCACUUCCAGUGGAGCGGAUCUACCAGCUGGUGACAGACAUGAGGCAGCACCUGGGGGACCGGGCCAGGAGUGUGGUGGGAUAUGGACACGUAGGCGAUGGUAACCUCCAUCUAAACAUCACCUCUCCUGCCAAAGACCCUUCUCUCCUCGCUGCCAUCGAGCCGUUCAUCUACGAGUGGACGGCCAGCUGUCAGGGCAGCAUCAGUGCUGAGCAUGGACUGGGCCUGAAGAAGAGGAACUACAUCUACUACAGUAAACCCAGCCAGGCUGUGGCUCUGAUGGGUAACAUCAAGGCCAUGCUGGAUCCCAAAGGCAUUCUCAACCCAUAUAAGACUUUACCAGACAACCUUAAAUGACCCCAACUGUCUCACUGCUGUGGGGUAGGUGGUAAUGCAUGUAGAGCUUAUGCAGGAGCUCUAACUACAGCCUGAUUGCCACAUGGUUUUUAUGCCAGAUCAUGCUCCUUCUUGUGACACCUUUUUCACACAUUUAAUGCAGAGUUGCAGGUUUUGCACAAGUGGCAUUCGCCACCAAGUAGUAUCUGUUUGUUAUACAUGUCCACAGAAGAAAGUAAUUUCAUUUUCAUGUUCACAAAGCAUUACUCUCAGAACGACAUAGUCAAUAACUUGCUGACUUUGUAGGAGGCUCUGAACUUAAAAUGUUCCAAUUGAAGUUACUACUUAACAUGAUCAACUACCUCUGCAAGUCACAGAGUAGCCUUUAGAUCUUAAAUUAAGGACACUUUGUAUCAUAGAUGAAAAGCUAUAUUACUAAGUGAUCAUAAUAUACUAUAAACUCUUGAGCAUUGUAAAAUUGUGUAAUUAUUUAAGGUAACAGUCUAUAACUGGUGGACAACUCUGUUUUUCACAGUCGACAUGUUCAGUUCUUAAACUGCAGCCAUUGUAUUAGAGCAUUUGUGUACGAACAAUAAAAUUAAAAUUUACUACAUGAGGACUCCUGAUACCUAUGUGUGAGGAAAUGUGUUGCUCAACGGCCCCAGUUUGAAGCUUUAAAGGAUAGGUUCACAAUUUUUCAAAUCUGUCUUAAAACAGUAGUGAGGUGCCCACAUGAACACUGAAAUGGGUUUUGCUCACUGUAAUUCUUCCUCCUGUACAUACUGGCCAUUUAAAGCUCUGAUGAGCUUUCUGUGUAAAUGAAAGGACAAAAUUCACAGUUGUCAUUCAGAGUAAAAAUACAUUCAAAAGUUUAUCUGAAGUUAUAAUGAUGCUUUAACAGACUGGGUUAGGCAAAUCAAAUGUAUUGCUUUCAAAGGCUAUAGUCUUUUAUGUAGAAAUUUCAGCCUUUUAGGUACAAGCCCUCCACUGCAGCUGAGCAAGGAAACAAAGUGUAAUUUGUGCCGAAGACUUUGACUUUUGAGCAAGGUUGUAGGUUUGGUCCCAACAUUGGUAGGGAAGCAAAAACACCACCACCCCUCCAAAAAAAAGAGAUUGGCUUUUUAAUGCUGUCAACCAAACAGUUUAAUAAGAUAUAUAAUCUGAAUUUACAUUCAGGAAUGCCCAUACACAAAUUUUAUAUAAAGACGUGUUGAAUUUCUAUAUUUGAAAUGUAAGGCAUAAAAAUGUCAUAGUGUAGUAAGGCAUAAAAAGUCAUAGUAUAGU